AUCUUUUAUUAUGACUUGUAUUGUUUCUUUGUUAUAAUUUUUUUUAUUUAUAUGCUAUUUUUUUAUGUUAUAUAGGCCUACUCGGUGACGGAGCACCAAAAAAUAAUAUCGAUAUGCAAAAUACCCACAAGUUUUUUUUAUAAUACCCAAUCCAUUUUCGUUCGACAGUGGCAUUAUUGGCAAAUGUUAUAAAAUAUGUGGGUUUUGACAGCUCUCUCUCGAUUCAAAGAGUCUCGCAUCAUCAUCCUUGACGUCAUUACGCUUUAAUGUUUGCUUACGACUGAAAAAUAUACUGCGUGGUCAGCAAGCGUUUACACCAUAAAAUAUGUUCAUAACAACAUCAUGUUUUUAAAAACUUUUAAAAACCAUCGCACAUGUAUGACGAACACGAAUUUAUUAUGUUUACACGCUCAUUCUUCUCAUCACGCCACACAUGCUUGCAUACAUGAAUGACCGUGUAAAGGCCGCUUUAGGAUUGAUUACUUGUGGAUUGAUAACCAUCUUUCAAAUUGAUUGCUAUUGAGGUUGGCAAUGUACUUCUGUGGGCAUUUGUUAUCUUGAUAUAUCAUCAAUAUCAUCUCAUCGAAAACACACAAUGUUGGUCAGAACGACUUUGGUUGCAGAAUCCACAAAUUGUGUUUUCAAGAAGAUUUCAAUUGGGUAUUAAAAAUUGGUGUUGAAAUGAGAACAGCUUUGUGAAACCAUCAGUAUGGUAGUUCAAUGCUAGCAUCUAGUGGCAUGAGAUAUGUGUGCAAUGUGUUGCCUUCAUCGGCAAUAUUGCUAGCAAUACAAAUUUUUAACAAUUUUAAAUUGCUUGUCGAGAUGCCCCGUAAGGCUCACUUGAAUUGUAAAUAAGUUCGUUCUACUCCUCGAAAAUGGCUGCUGGACCUAUUGCAGAAAGAAAUCAAGAUGCUACAAUUUAUGUUGGUGGUCUUGAUGAUAAAGUUUCGGAGACAUUACUUUGGGAACUUUUUGUUCAAGCUGGACCGGUAGUUAAUGUGCAUAUGCCCAAGGAUCGAGUAACGCAAAUGCAUCAAGGUUAUGGAUUCGUGGAAUUUCUUAGUGAAGACGACGCCGAUUAUGCUAUUAAAAUAAUGAAUAUGAUAAAACUGUAUGGAAAGCCAAUCCGUGUGAACAAAGCAUCAGCUCACCAAAAAAAUUUGGAUGUAGGCGCAAAUAUUUUUAUUGGCAAUUUAGAUCCCGAAGUUGAUGAAAAACUACUUUACGACACUUUUUCAGCAUUUGGAGUUAUUCUACAAACUCCAAAAAUCAUGCGAGAUCUCGAAACGGGGAAUUCGAAAGGUUUCGCUUUUAUUAAUUUUGCCAGCUUUGAAGCCUCUGACGCUGCUAUGGAUGCUAUGAAUGGACAAUAUCUUUGUAAUCGCCCUAUUUCGGUUUCUUAUGCAUUUAAAAAAGACUCUAAAGGCGAACGCCAUGGAUCAGCAGCAGAACGUCUGUUAGCAGCACAGAAUCCGUCAUCUCAUGCUGAUCGCCCUCAUCAGUUAUUCGCAGAUUCACCCGUACCAAAUAUGGUGACAGUUAUUCCGGGACAAAUAAUUCCACCACCACCUCUUAUGGCUCCUCCGCCGCCACCUGUAUCGUCCAAUAAUAUGUUGCCUCCACCUCCACCUGUGCCACCUCCGCAGGUAACAGGAUUUCCUGCUGCAAUACCACCUCCUCCUCUACCACCACUUUCUACUGGACAGCCGCCAUUACCACCGCCAGUAGGUAUUCCACCGCCACCACGAAUGUCUACCUACGGUGCAUCACCUCAUCCACCUUUUCCUAAUGGUGUUCCCUCAGCGCCUCCCCGUCUUCCUCAACAUACUUGGAGACCGCAGGGAUUUCCAACACCUUUUACACCACGACCAUUUAAUGGGGACUCUUCCACUAUGGGUUAUCAGUACUGAUAUUUUACAAUAGUUUAUACAUUCAUGUAAAUACUGUAUAUCUCCACGCUGAAAAUAAACAACACAUUUUUGUCAUAUUUUCUGAUUAUUUUUUUA